UUUGGGGGGCGCAGGAAAUGAAAGCACGUCGAUUUGCGGUGCGGUCUGAAAAGGAAAUCUCACAGACUGGCUAAUUGGGCUCGAGCGUCUCGUUACGGACAGACGAUCAGGUCACCGAUGAAUUAUUUAUCGCGGCCAAACAGGAUCCUGUCGACGGUAAAGCUGCGGAAGGGAUUAGAGGAGCGGAUGAUAGAAAAUGUGGAUUAAUGGCGGGUGUAACUGCACAGCCGAGGCGGAGACACACGAAACCCUUCGUGCUGUUGGAGCCGAUGGUGAAGCCCGCAGUGAACGGCAUCAGUGAUGGGCACAGUGCUGCAGGAGAGGCCCAUGCAGAACGGCCACCAUCAGCUCACAGCACAUAAACCAGCCAAGGCGAAAGCUUCAGGACAUGCAUCGAGCCGGAGAAGCACCAACACAGCUGUGCACUCUUCACGUGCAGAAAAGGAAGAUCAGAUGGCAAUCGAGAAUGUUUUACAGCUAAGAGGGAGGAGGACGAGGUCCGAUAGGGCCUCAAUCAUGGUCACGGCUACAGCUCUGAACCCGAAAGAAAUCACUGCCAAGCCAAAGCCGCAUGUGUCCUCCUCAAGCGGACCAAGGGAAAGGCGCCACGGGCGAGAUACACGGCGCAGUGUUGAAAAAGACUCCGUAGACUCUGGAAAACUUCCCAGCUCUCUGCCGCUUUCCCUGACUUCAGUUUCUGCACCACGGCAGGAAUUAACAAAGCAUGAACCCCAACGUGAGUCUUCAGUCUGCCCACCUCAACCCAAAGCUGAGGACACGGACAGUGGCAGUGACCUUUCUGACACGGAGAGGCUCCCGGGACCUCCUUCUGUCACUGCCCCUCCACAGCUCCAUCUGCGUGCAGAAGUAAUCGACCCCCAUGACCUCCAGCCUUCACGGGCUGUGCGUCGGUCCCGCUCCAACGAUGGAUACCCGGACUUUCUUCCUCCUCCCUUCAACUCCUGGAACCUCCGGCAGCUAGCCGUGUAUUUGAAUACGGAGGGCAAGGGCAUGCCCCGCCCUCGACCCGUGGGCCAGCUGGAGAGAUACCUCGAGCGACUUCUGCAACUGGAAUGGCGCCAGAUCCAGACAGUCCAUGAGGAGAGCAGCAAGGCUGUCCCCUCUUCAUGGGGCAGCCGCCAUAGACCCCACACCAGCCCUCAUUCUAACCUGAGUGCUCCGAAAAGCAUCCUCCAGUGCCAGCGGGCCUUCCCCCUGGCGCUGCUGUCUUCCCUGGCUAAUGCACCCCCGCUCCAGCCACCCAGCUGCACCUGCCCCAACUGCCGCAAAAGUUAUCCGAUUUGCAACGGAGCGUGCCGCUUAUACGCUCAUCCUCACCACUCCCAUUUGAGUCCGCUUCCAGAAAAGAGGGGGAGGGCUCCGGGGCUGCCCCGGAGGAGCAGCAGUGAGAGCCGAGCGCAGCAGUUCCAGCGUGGGGUUGGACCUCGCAGCCAUAGACUUAGUGACCCACUGGACAGUACUAGUCACUUGAAGCGCAUGCAGGCCAUUGGCAACAUUAGGAACCCAGCAGGUUGCCCACGCAGCCCUCAAGACAGCUCCAGUAAUAUGAGCGUGGAGCCCUAUAUGGACGUCGGGGCCUCAAGGAAAAAAGGCCCAGGGGAAAGAAGCCGGUCCUGUGGGGAUGUGAGAGAGGACGGCUACAGGAGAGCAAGGCCCGAGCGAAGGACUGCAACACAGCGUUUACAGCAGGACUCAAAGUCAUCAGGUGCUACCAGGUCAGAUGACUUGCACAGUUCCAAGGACUCAGUCCCCAGUAGGCCUACUGGGAAACAGAAGCGCGUCGAGUUUGUCACACAACAUGAACGUUCUCAUACAUACCAUAAUUAAAUCCCGCUUUUCUAUAUAGUUUCUGUACACUCUUUACACUGUGAUUUCUGUUAUUUUGUUUAGUGAACUGUAAACGCAUGUUUCCCUCUUCUUUAUCAUUCUUAUUUAUUUUA